CACAAAUGGAUGACGGGGUGGACCUCCCGAGCCAAUUCCUCUUCCCGCACCCGGAGAUGCCCGGCGCCUUCAGCGACCUCCUGGGCGACGCCGCCGCGACCUGCACCCACACGCACACCUGCAACCCUCCGGGCCCGUCGGCCGCCACGCACACGCACACCUGCCUGCACACCCACACCCACCAGCUCUUCGCCGCCGGCAGCGAGGACGACGACGCGGCGCGGCCCCGCCGGCCGCUGGGGAACCGGGAGGCCGUGCGCAAGUACCGGGAGAAGAAGAAGGCGCACGCCGCGUUCCUGGAGGAGGAGGUCAAGCAGCUGCGCGCCGCCAACCAGCAGCUCCAGCGCCGGCUGCAGGGCCACGCCACGCUUGAGGCCGAGGUGGCGCGGCUGAGGGGCCUCCUCUUCGACGUCCGGGCCAAGAUCGACGCGGAGGCCGCCGGCGCGUUCCCGUUCCAGAAGCAGUGCAGCGUCGGCUCCGUGGCGUGCGCCGACCCGACCCUCUGCUUCAACAAUGGCAACUCUGAGGUCGGUGGCGCCUGCUGGGAGGACAGCUCCGGGCCGGCGGCUGCGGAUUACAGGUUCGAUGAAGACGGCAAUGGCAAUGGCGGCGCGUCGCGGGAGAUCGAUGCUCCGGAACAACCGGUGCGUUCCAUGGAUGUCGUUGAGCUCUGCUGCUUCCCUAGCUGAAUCUAUGAAUGUGAUCAAGGAUUGUUUCGGCAGUUGUUGCAUGAGAGUUGUUUUACAUUUUUGGUGAAAACACACUCUCAUGGAAUGAAAGGGCGAUCAGUGAGUAUAACUGAUAUGAUGUUCUUAUGUUUUGAUACUAUGCUUAUACUCAUAUAUAAUAGCAAUAGAAGGAGGUUACAGUUAUACUCAGGAGGAUGUGUUCUGGUACAAAAUUGUAAUGCCAAUAUACGCUUGAUCUCUGAACCUCCGGUUUGGGUUCGUUAGUAUUCAGGCAAUCGGAUGGGACCAUGAUACUGAUAAAAAAAUGCACCGUCUUCGGUUC